CUGCAGUAUGGAGCGUCGCAGAUCCAGGGCUGCGGAGGACCGAGCGGAGAGGACAGUAAGGUUCCGCGUGGCGUCGGCGCACAGCGGGCGCGUGCUGAAGAAGGUGUUCCGAGAGCACGCGCUCCAAGACUCCGCGGACACCGACAACGACACCAAUGCGAGCUCAGAGCCGGAGCGCUCCACCUCACCCGGCAGCGAACAGGACGAGCUGCUCAUGUACGUUAGUGGAGCCAACGAGAAGCUUUUCACCGGAAACCGCGUGAACAUCUUCAGUAAGAACGGAACUAUUCGAGGCGUGAGAGAUAAAGUGAGCGCGGGACAGGUGCUGUUUAACAACUUGACCAAAAUAUAUGGGGAUUCCCUUAUUAUGAACCGGCCUAAAAGACCAUGAGAUGUUGUCUGAAAACAGCCCUGGAUGUCCUGCAGCAGAGGAUGCUGGGUCAGGGUCACACAAUAGGACGUCACCCUGGGAUGUGCAACAGGCUUGAGUGUAAGAAAGUAGUUAUCAGCAGCCAAUGUUUUUUGUUUUUACGCACUUCUCAAUAUUUGUGUAUAUUGUAGUUCUGUAAAUAUAUUUUAUAUUCACUUUUUGCAAAAGCAUUUUUGAUACCUUUGUAUCUGUGAAGUCAAAUGGUUGCUUGGUACAUUCACUUUGCCCAUGUUUGAUGUGCCUUUUCUUUAUUUUGACCUUUUAUUUGUUUGUGAUGAAAUUAUUGUGAUUUGUUUUUAAGAAAAUAAGAUUUUUUAAUC